CGUCUGUCGCGAUCCAUCGUCCUGUAGCGACAUCCCGUCUUCUAUCAUUCUUUAUCUCUCUGUCUUGGCCCGCUCGUGCCCUUUUCCAACCCGGAAAAAAAAAAAUAAUCUCGGCAAUCCUCGUCUCCCGCCCCCCUCUCUCCGCUCACGCUCACGCACACCAACAUCUAUCUACACAUCUGCACCCGUUGUCGCGUGCGCGCCCGUCAAUUAGCGCGCCGAUAUCGAGAAACCGUGGCUGCGCUUACCAUCCUCAGCCAAGGCGACACCGAAUUAUCCCUCCAACAGCACCUCGAUCUCGCGCCCGACCUCCUGCACUACAACCGCCUGGUUGUCGAGUCGAACUCAGGCCAACCGUUGACGAUGGCGGCACAGCCCGUGCCUCAUCCGUCGACGGACAAGAAACGGGUCAAGGUGUAUGAGCUCCGUAACAACGACUGGUUUGACCGCGGCACCGGUUUCUGUACUGCCGCCUUUAGUAUCUCCGACGAUGGCCAACAGCAAGACCCGCGCGUAUUCGUCGAGUCCGAAGAUCAACCUGAACGCGUGCUACUGGAGACUAGAAUCUGCAAGGAGGAUGGUUUCACUAAGCAACAAGAGACUUUAAUUGUCUGGACCGAACCGGGCACAGGUGUGGAUAUGGCGCUUAGUUUUCAAGAAGCCGAAGGAUGCGCCAUGAUUUGGAAAUUUAUCAAUGGCGUGCAACAACAAUACCAUUCUGUCAACCCACCAGAUGACAGCUUGUCCGACGAUCUUGCCAUGGACUUGUCGAAUCCGAUUUCCCUCCCACAAGCUUCGAUGGCCAACCUCGCCGAGAUCGAGUCGCAAAUGCGUGAUAUGAGCGGAUCGGCUAACGGACGUGAUGCUCUCACCAAGUACGUCCUGGCUGAGGACUAUAUCGGCAAGCUAAUCCCCUUGGUUACCGACGCCGAGGACCUCGAAAGCCUCAAUGACCUACAUCGCCUUUGCAACAUCAUGAAGAUUAUCAUCCUGCUCAAUGACACCAGCAUCAUAGAACACGCCGUGUCGGACGAAUGUGUGAUUGGUGUCGUCGGCGCCCUGGAAUAUGACCCGGAUUUCCCGAGUCAUAAGGCCAACCAUCGUCACUGGCUGGAGGGCGAGGGUCGCUUCAAGGAAGUCGUUCGGAUCGAGGACCGCCUAAUCCUCAGGAAAAUCCACCAGACUUAUCGGCUCCAGUAUCUGAAAGACGUGGUGCUCGCACGGAUCUUGGACGACAAUACGUUCUCCGUCCUGAACUCUCUCAUUUUCUUCAACCAGGUCGAUAUCGUGCAACAUCUACAAUCUAAUUUGACGUUCUUGGCCGAGUUGUUCAACAUAUUCAAGUCUUCGCAGCCCGAGCCCAGGCGCAAGAAGGAGGCGGUUCUCUUUAUCCAGCAGUGCUGCGCAAUCGCUAAGAACCUUCAACCACCUGCUCGACAGACCCUAUACAACAACUUCCUCGCUCAUGGUCUCCUUCAGGUCAUUAACUUUGGCUUACGGCAUCACGAUGUUGCAGUCAGGGUCGGGGCCACCGAUAUUCUGGUUUCCAUGAUCGACCACGAUCCGCAGAUGAUUCGUUCCAUGAUAUACCGCCAGCUUCACGAGAAGCAGCCGCCGCUGACGGACUCGCUCAUCGAUCUGCUCCUAGUCGAGGUCGACCUGGGAGUAAAAUCGCAGAUAUCAGAUGCGCUAAAGGUAUUACUAGAUCAGGGCCCGCCGAUGCAACCAGAGGCGUUCGCGAAAGCCAAUGGCGAAUACGCAGCUAGAGCCGCCUCGAGGAUACCGCCGAACGCGGAUCCGCAACAAGACAACUUCCUCAACGUAUUCUACGAGAGCUCGGCUAUCAAGCUGUUCCAACCCCUUAUCAACCUCGAAGGCCGCGAGAGCAUGGAGUUCUCCGUCCAGCAGGCCUCCAUGUUCACGUAUUUGAUCGAAAUACUCUGCUUUUUCAUUCGGCAGCAUCAACACCGCAGCAAGUUCUUCGUCCUGAACAACGACAUCGUUUUGCGCAUCAGCCAGCUCCUUAGCUGUCCGGAGAAGUUCCUGAAACUCGUCGCUAUUCGAUUCCUGCGACAGCUAAUUGGUCUUCAGGACGAAUUCUACGUUAAACAGGUGGUAGAGAAAAAAGUCGUCGGACCUAUCCUCGAUGUCCUCAUCGAGACCAUGCCCAGGGAUAAUUUACUCAGCUCCUCGUGCCUGGAAUUCUUCGAGUUUAUUCGGAAGGAAAAUAUCAAAGAUCUAGUCAAGCAUGUAGUCGAAAAUUACCGUGGCAAGGUGCAGAGCCUGGCUUACUUGGAACUAUUUAGAACCCUAAUCAUCCGAUACGACCAAACUGAGGGUUUCAGUGCCAAUCUGGACUACUUCGCGGGUACGGAAGAUGAGCAGAAGAGACGAGCCAACAUCAUAAACCCGAAAACUGGAGGGCUAAUGGAACACAUUGCCAUAGACCAAGCCGAAGAAGAAUACUGGAACACUUCCGACGAAGAAGAGGAAUUGCACGCGAAACCCGGAAAUCGACCAACAUCCGCCAAUGGCGAGUUGGCCCACGCCAGACAAUUGGUCGAUUAUGCCUCCGACGAGGAAGGGGACGAAGACGUCGAAUCCGGGGCUCUCUCGGCCGACGAGGACAGGCAGGAUGAGGGGCAGAGGAAACAAGACCAAGGCACCGCCGACGUCGCGCCUCCACCGGAGCGUCUGUCCGAGAAACGACGGCGAGAGGAAGAUGAGGAAGACGACCUAACCAAGAUGAUCCAACACAAACGCCGAAAUAGUACUCCCGCCACCUCCAACACCCCGAGCGUACCGGGGGUCCUUCGUAAGAAGAGGAGUCUUUCCGGCACUCGGGACCUUGGGGGUGGCUCGAAAAAGAUCGCCAUUAGCAUUUCUCCAAGCUUAAAGGCUGGGAAUGGACAGGUCCAUAGCCGAGCUAACGACGAGGCAUAAACGGCCUUUACAGUUUACGGUUU